AUGCCGUCUGCCAACCCUCGAUCCCGUGCUCCUAAGGGUGUCAUUGCCUCGACAUACAGCGCCCUCACCUCUCCUGAAAAUGCUUCCGUCGUCAAGAGCGUAGCCAUAUUCGGAGCUGCCGUCGCCUUCUUCGCCAGCCCUUGGAGCGAAUUCCUGCUGCCUCCGUAA